GAUACGAUCCUCAUGUGCAUUCCCGAUUCAAAGGAUGACGGCAUGUACGCCCUUGCUGUGAUCGACUGGCUGGUUGCCCAGCACAACCAGCUCGUGCAGAUCGUCGCAGGAACGCUGGGCUACCCAGCAAGGAAGGUGUCAUCCAGAUUACUGGCGCAGCAUGACGUCAUCAAGUACAGCAAGCAUGAGCUCAUGCGCUACCUGACCAGCCGAUGUGCCACUUGGGGCGUCGGCGGCAAGUUGAACUUAGACCUCAAGCAGAUGGAGUCCCACCUCCGGCGGGAGCUGAGUAGGCCUGAGGUCACGAUCGAGAUGCGAGGCUUCCAGUGGCUCGGAGAGUCCUUCUCUGCCGGCGGCGAGCUUCGAUCGGUCAUCAAGCAGCGAGACCUCCUUCCAGACAACAUCGACCGGCUAAAGUCAGAGAUCCCAUCUCCAGCCAUUGCCAAUACUUGCUUGCAGAAGGUAGAGAUGGCGAUCGCGUUUAUCCUGAAGUCCGGUAGCAGUCUUGGAACCGAGAAGUCAGGAGAGAUGCUCCUCGCAGACUACAUGCGGUCCGUCCUAGCAGAGAGUCCGGAGUCCUUUAUGGGAACCGGAGCCUGCGCCGAUGUGCGCCUCUGGCACGUAGACUCCUACGUUCGCAUCCUGAAGCAGGUCGUGAACAAGGAUCCUUUGGACAGCAUCGAUCCUAAGUACAAGGAAGAUCUACCAAAGGAGCUCGAGCAGAAGCUCGUGGCAGUCAAAGACGAGCUGCCAGACCAACUCGUAGAUCUGAUGGGUUCGUUUGGUGAGACGCGGUUGACAGAGACCUACAUCAAUAGCGAAACUGAGAUCAUGUCCAUCCUCCAGUCGAUCAGAGACUACACAAGUAUAGAGAUUGAUGAUGAGACCUUCGAGGCGAUUGAAACGAAUUUCCCCGCCGACCUCAAAAUGCGGCAUUGGGCUGCUGCAUACAAGCUCCUCCGUUCAUAG